UUGAUGUUUUCCCUUUUCUUUUCAGAUGACACUGGUUGUCCUAGUAGCCAGUCAGUAUCUCCAGUUAAGACUCCUUCUGAUGCUGGAAACAGUCCAAUCAGUUUUUGCACUGGUAGCGAUGGAGACUUCACUAGAAAGAAAUUUCAUGCAGGGACAAUGAGCGAAGGAAACCUGCAGGUGGCUCGGUAUAAGAAGGAGACAAAGACAAGCCUUGUAAAGCCCGGGAGUGAAGCUGAUUUUAGCUCUUCAAGCAGCACAGGCAGUAUUUCAGCUCCUGAAGUCCAUAUGUCUGCUGCUGGAAGCAAAAGAUCUUCUUUUUCUCGCAAUCGUGGCUCCUAUGGUCGGAAUAAUGGAUCCUCAUCCUACAAGUCGGGAGGCAGCCCCCCUACUUCCCGUGAAAAGGACCUUUUGUCGACGCUGUGCAGAAAUCAGCUGAGUCCUGUUAACAUCCAUCAGAAUUAUGGGGCUUCUUCAGCCAGUAGCAGUAACUCGGGCUCGUACAAAGGAAGUGACAGCAGCCCAAUAAUGAGGCGAUCAGUGAGAUACACGUCUUGUGGUGAGAAUCAUGGCAUUAAGCCACCAAAUCCAGAGCAGUAUUUGACUCCUCUGCAGCAGAAAGAAGUUACAGUACGACAUUUAAAAACAAAGUUGAAGGAAUCUGAGAGCAAACUUCAAGAAAGGGAAACAGAAAUAGAAGAGCUCAAGGCUCAGCUGGGGCGCAUGAGGGAAGACUGGAUUGAAGAAGAGUGUCAUCGUGUGGAGGCACAGCUGGCUUUGAAGGAAGCAAGAAAGGAAAUUAAACAACUCAAGCAGGUUAUUGAAACCAUGAAGAACAGCUUGGCUGAGAAAGACAAAGGCAUUCAGAAAUAUUUUAUAGACAUAAACAUUCAAAACAAGAAACUGGAAUCUUUGCUUCAGAGCAUGGAGAUGGCGCAGAACGGCUCUAUGCGGGACGAGCAGUGUCUGGAGUACAUGUGUGGCUCACCGGGGAAGUCGUUAGCGUUGUAUUCCAAAAUGUCAGACAGCUUAAUCACAGAAGACCAGGCGCUGGAGGAGAUGGCAGAUAGUGGGCUGCUUCUAAGUGAAGACACAGCUAACGGGACUGACUCGUUUGAAGAGAGUUUGACCACCACAACUUCUGACUUGGGUGAUCCAGCUGCCUUCAGUUCUGCUAUGAAUCAAGAGGUAUUUGAAAAUGUUCCUGAUGAAAAACUGAUUUCUUCCCCAGAAGAGGAGGAAAGCAGCAACAACAUGGGGGUGGAACAGGCCAUUCAGACCGAUGUGGUGCCGUAUAGCCUAGAUGUGGAGCAGCUCAUUCAAAAUAUCUUCAGAUCUCAAGAUAGCAGUCCUGUCAGCCCACCUUCUGUACUGAAGGAAUUGGAUGAAUUUCCUUCUGGAUACUUGAGUGAUUCUGGCGUAGUAGUAGACUUAACUCCAAGUGAUCCAAACUCUGCCAUUCUUUUGUCUCCUAUGGAGUCUCCAUGCAGCAAAGCGGAUUGCGGAAUUAAUGAAAACCGUGUCAUGAGAGAACUUGAUUUUACAGACCCUCAUGAUGAAGCUUUGGGGUAUGUCAAUACUUUCUCUCAGACAGGAAUCGUGAAGCGAUACUGGAGUAGCAGUCUCCUUGUAGAUCUUCUAGCUGUAGCAGCCCCUGUUGUACCAACUCUCAUGUGGGCAUUCAGUACUCAGAGAGGAGGUACAGAUCCUGUUUAUAAUAUCGGAGCAUUGCUUCGUGGCUGCUGCUUGGUGGCCCUGCACUCUUUACGUCGUACACCCUUCAAUAUAAAAACCUAAAUUUCACUCUAUUAUCAGGCACCAAUUGGCUGAGGCAGAGGGAAAGAAGGUUGAGCUAGAUCGUAAAAAGAUACUGUAUUUUAUGGCAGAGUCCAUCAUUUUGCUCUUGACUAUUUGAUUUGCACUAUAAAUUGGUUCGAAAACAUGUUUCUUGUUUCAAACAAAGAAGCUGAACCCUGUAGUUCCACAAGACGUUUUUAACUGGCACAGGCUAGUACUGCUGCCUACAGAAAUAGCCCUGCGUGCUCCUAGCCGCCGAUUCCCUCCCCUGUGCUGGUGUCUUCCCUGUGCCACCCCAUCUGCACAGUGAAAAAUGAUCAGAGAAAUGGAGGAGAAUUACAGCUAGCACUCUUCUGUGCUUGUCUGCUGAAUUAGUUUUAAGCUCGCUUUCCCUGCUGUUUCACUGAGCGAGCGCACAAAGGCUCCACGCUGGCUCACGGAUGCAUACAGGAACACACGGCCAGAGAGGACUGGAACUUUCCUUAGGCAGCACUAACCUAAAACAUUUGUGAAACUACACCGUUAAGUGACACGGAGACUCGUUUCCACUAAGUGUAUCACACGCGUACUCUUGAAAGCAUGCUAGCGCUUUCCGUUUGUAGUCUGAAUUGUCAGUUCCACUUGGAAAAUUCACAUUUCCAAGGCAGCUUCCAGCGCAUAGUUUAUGCCUGUCUCGCGUAGUGCUCUUUUCAAUUAGGCGAUUGCUUGAGCAUUCCACUGGUCUUGUGUGUAUAAGGGGACAGUAACCAAAAACGUAGAAGUUGUUGGGAGUCUUGAAUCGUGUUACAAGGAUAAAUGUGGACGUGGAUACACUUUGAAUAUUAAUGUUGUUUUAAGGUCUUAAAUGUAUUGGAACCUGAUAGUCAUUCGAGCCCUGUGAAAUACUAUGUAUAAAUGUAUUGUGUAUUAACUUAUUGGUUAUUUAAUUGCUUUAUUGUAAAUUACCUUUAUAAUCACAAAUACAGUAAGCAUGUUAAAAAUGUGA